AUGGAGGCAGUAAUUCAGUGUUCUUCCUCUAUUGAUGUUUUGUUGUUGAUGGAUGGAUCUUAUAGCAUUGGGAAAGGAAGCUUUGAAAGAUCAAAACACUUUGCUGCCAAACUGUGUGAUAUUCUUGACAUUAAUCCUGACAGAGUUCGCAUUGGAGUAAUCCAAUUCAGUUCAAAACCUGAGGUAGAAUUUGGGCUGGAAACUCACCCUACAAGAAAAGAAGCCAAAGACGCCAUCAAAAAGAUUACUUUCAGAGGUGGGAGCACAGAGAUUGGUAAAGCAGUAACAUAUGCGCUGGACAAAGGGUUUCAAGGAGGACGGGAAGAUGCUCUGAAAAUCGUCGUGAUUCUCUCUGAUGGUAAAUCACAAGACAAUGCAACAAUGCCACUGAGGCUUGCAAGGAACAGCGGAAUGACAAUAUUUGCAGUCGGAAUCAGGCACCCAGGGUGGAACGAACUGGACACUAUCGCUAACCAUCCCAGCGACAAGCAUGUGUUUUACGCAAAGCAUUAUGAUGAUGCAGUCAAUGGUCUGUACACCACACUGACACAAUCCACUGUCUGUUCUGAUGUCCAUCCAGCCUGCAGAGUGGUGUCACAGUUUUGUCAAAGAACAACAGUCAAUGCUGAGAAGAAGUACCGUGGAAACCAUCUUUGCUGGAAAGGCAAACACAUUGGUGCAAAACAACAUGGAAAACCCUUUGCUGCCUUCUGUCCUUUCUACACCUGGAAAAGGACGUACACUCGGAUUCAAAGCCGCUGCUUCCGCACGCUCUGUCCAGAUCCAUGUGAUUCAGGUCCAUGUCACAAUGGGGGAACUUGCGUUGCAGAGACUGUGGAUGAAUAUAGCUGUCUGUGUCCCCUUGGCUUUGGUGGGGACAAACACUGCCGUGGAAACAGACACGUGACUCUUCCUGGCAUUGUAGAUUGUCCUGUUGACCUCCUCUUUCUGGUGGAUGGAUCGUGGAGCAUGGGUCCAAAGGGAUUCCUUCAAGCUAAAGCCUUUGUUAAAAGACUUCUUCAAAUUGUCGUUCCCUCUUCAGACAGAGUACAAGUUGGAUUUAUUCAGUAUAGUGACAAAACAAAUAUUGAGAUUGGAUGGGGGCAGUACAGUAACAGUGGCGACUUGCUGAAAUUAAUAGAUAAGAUACACUUCCGUGGAGGCGAGCCUCUCACAGGCAGCGCCCUGCAUUAUAUAGUUGAAAGUGGUUUCAUGAUCAAUGGAGAUUCCGGAAUGGAUGUGCCCCAUUUUCUUGUGCUCCUCCUCAGUUCUAAAUCUCAAGACUCUGUGAUAGUCCCUGUACAGUACGCCAAAGACAAGGAUAUAUUUGUUCUACCUGUCGGUGGAAAGCACAUAGUUAAUCAAUCAAACCACAUAGCUGGAGACGAUCAGCUGGGAUUUACAUAUGGUGAACCCCAGGAGCUCUGCAAUAGGAUUCUGGAGCUCAGCAUGAAGAGAUGUGGACACAGCAGAGGCUGUUUUUCCACGUCCUUGGAUUUAGUGUUUGCCUUAGAUGCGUCUGGUGACAUUGGAAGAGGGAAUUUCCGACAAAUAAAAGGAUUUGUGAGGAACACUGUCUCCCAGUUUGUCAUCGACAGAGACCGUACGCAGGUUGCUGUGGUGAUCUACAGCAACAAACCUCGAACCCUCUUCAACCUGGACUCUCUUGACAGUGAAGGGAAAAUUAAAAGGGCCAUCAGCUCAGGCCCCUUCCUGGAUGGGUACGCACACACUGGGAAAGCACUCCAGCACGUUCUGAAGGAUACUCUGAGCACCCAGAAGGGAGCAAGACCAGGUAUCCAGAAGGUCAUUGUGGUCAUUACCAACAGUCAGAGUGCAGAUGAUGCUGCUGCUGCUGCUGCUGAGGAUCUGAGACAUGCUAGGGCCACCAUCAUAACAUUGGGAUUGGAGGAUGAUCAAGGAACAUCGAUGCUGAGGAUUGCAGGAAGCCUCGAGUUCACGAUUCCUGUUCACUCCUAUGAAGACCUCAAAUAUUAUGAGAAUAUCUUGGUGCAAAAAAUAUGUGGAGUUUCUAACCAAUAGAUUUUCAAGUAAUUUUGAAAAACAAGAUCGAUUUCAAAAUCUUUGCUCAGGGCCAUACUCCAUUACGAUACUCUUUGGUCAGCUGGGAAAUUGGAAUCGGAUUAAUUUUUCAGCUUUCAGUUAACGACCAGUGGAAGAUCUCCCUCUGCUGUUCGAUGUGGGAAAUCUUUAAAUGACAAAACAAUAAAUGUAACCCUUCGAAA